UCUUCUAAUUAAUUAGCUCAUUACAUCCUUGUCUUGUGCUGUGUUCUCCACUCUGUCGGUUAAAAAACAUUUCUUUUCUUUUUUUUUUUCAUUAAAAAAAAUAAAGAAAAGAAAAGCUCCUAGUUGUGUGUAUGACUGGCUAUAAACUCUUACUUAUUUAGAACUGCCUUCCUUCACCAUAUCUUCAUAACCAUAGCUCUCUCUUCUUUCUUCUUCUCCUAAAUAAACCCUCUCCAUUAGUAGUCAUAAUGGAGCAGACUACUGAACAUCCUCCCAUUCCCAUCCCUUUAAAUGCUCGCUAUGGCGGCCACCACCACCAUGACCCCUCUGCCACCUGCAACCACAUUAUUGCCGCCGCAUCUGCGGUCAAUGGCGGCAAUCCACUCCCACCCUUCCACAUGGAAAUAGAUCUCCACCGUAAUAACAACAACAACAGCAACAAUAACAAGAAGCAUGUCAAAUACAAAGAGUGCCUCAAAAACCAUGCUGCCUCCAUGGGAGGAAAUGCCACGGAUGGCUGCGGCGAGUUCAUGCCUAGUGGAGAAGAAGGCUCUAUUGAAGCACUCACAUGCUCCGCGUGCAACUGCCAUAGAAACUUCCAUCGAAAAGAGAUCGACCACCCCCUCCUCGGCCGCAAGCUUCUCGUUGGCGGUAAGAACAUGAUCGCCAUGCCUGAGACCACCACGUUCGCCUACCCAACUGCGGCGGGGGCGGCGUUCCUAUCAUCCAGAGCAAUGACAGCACAACCCCACCACUUGAUAAUGCCGUACAACAUGCUUGGCGGGGGCGGGGGCGGUGAGGAGCAGGAGGAGGCAGCAGGGGUGAGGGCGUACUCGGGGCAAAUGACGAACAAGAAGCGAUUCCGAACGAAGUUCACUGGGGAGCAGAAGGAGAGGAUGCUGAGGUUUGCAGAGAAAGUUGGAUGGAAGAUUCAGAAGGAAGAGGAGAGUGUGGUGCAACAAUUGUGUGAAGAGAUUGGAGUGAAGAGGAGAGUUCUUAAGGUUUGGAUGCAUAACAACAAGCACAAUCUUGGCACCAAGGAAACUACUUCCCCUUCCCCUUCCCAUUCUCCCACUCCCUUGGAUUAAUUCAAUUUCUUCAUUUCCUUUUCUUUUUCUUUUAACUCAGAUUCAAUCAUAUAAUUAUUACUAUU